AUGGCAGACGAGUCAGGGGAAGUAGAAGUAAACACAGCUGUUGAGGAUGGCGAAGAAAAGCAACAGCAAGAUGAGCCCGAAGUAUCUGGAGCCGAAACACACGGAGAGGCUGGCGACAGCGACGGACAGGGUCGGACCGAGAAGCCGGCUCCGGAGACGGCGGUAGAGAACAGCUGGUCGGCUCCCAUCCUGUCCCUGGCUCGGAAGGCCACGGAGACGAUUAGCAGCGGGGUGAGCUACGCUGCUGCCCCGAGAAACCCCGCACCGACACCCGCUGCGAGUUGCCCGACAGAGGGGGAUCCUGGGAAUGAGCUCAAUAACACUUCUAAAAAGCUUCCAGUGCUGCCCCCUAAAGACCCAAUGGCAAUAGAAAGAUCCAACCUCCUCAGCAUGAUGAAGCUGAGCAUCAAGGUAUUAAUCCAGUCCUCACUGAGUCUGGGCAGGACGCUGGACUCGGAGUACCCUCCCCUGCAGCAGUUCUUUGUUGUUUUGGAACAUUGCCUCAAACAUGGAUUGAAAGCCAAGAAGACCUUCAUCGGUCAGAACAAGUCCAUUUGGGGACCUUUGGAGCUGGUUGAAAAGUUGUGUCCGGAGUCUGUUAAUAUUGCCACAAGUGCUAGAGACCUGCCCGGCAUUAAGACCGGUGUGGGGAGAGGACGGGCUUGGCUACAUUUAGCACUCAUGCAAAAGAAAGUUGCCGACUACAUGAAAGCCCUGCUGGACCGAAAAGAUCUCCUGAGUGAGUUUUAUGACUCUGGAGCUUUGAUGAUGGAGGAAGAGGGGGCAGUGAUUGGGGGACUGCUUGUGGGUCUCAACGUAAUUGACGCUAACCUCUGUAUUAAAGGGGAGGAUCUUGAUUCUCAGGUGGGGGUCAUCGACUUCUCCCUUUACCUGAAAGACCCUGCUAACAGUGAGGCUGCAAAGGAUGAUAACAAGUUGACAGCCAUCUUAGACCAGAAGCAUUACAUUGAAGAGUUAAAUCGUCACCUUAGUGGCACCGUCACUGACCUUCAGGCUAAGAUGGACUCUAUAGAGAAGACAAACAGCAAACUUGUAGAGGAGCUGACGGCAGCAACUGACAGAAUCAACUCUUUGCGAGAAGAACAGGAACAGCUGAGAAAGGAGAAUGAGACAAUCUUGCAGUCCAGCCAGAAAAAGGAAGAGGCAGCACUUCAAGACAGCCAGGUGGAGCUGGAGACGUACAAACAAACUCGACAGGGCCUGGAUGAGAUGUACAAUGUGGUGUGGACACAGUACAAAGAGGAAAAGCGCAUUCGCCAGGAACUGGAGCGUGAGUUGGAGCUGCAGGUGGGGCUGAAGCAGGAGAUGGAGGUUGCCAUGAAGCUGCUGGAGAAGGACUCACACGAGAAACAAGACACACUGGCAGCCCUGCGACUCCAGCUAGACCAAGUCAAGACACUUAACCUUCAGAUGUUCCACAAAGCACAGGACUCUGAACGAGAAGCAGAGAAGAAGGUGGCAGAGGCUGUGCAGCUUGAGCAGAAGAUGGAUGAAAUGGAGAAGAUCAUGAACGAACUAGAACAGAGACUACAGAACUCGGAGCAGGAGCGCAAAAAGAGUGAUGAGUCAGACAAAGACAUGAGGGUGGAGCUGGAGGGAAAAGUGGAUGGUUUGCAAAAACAAUUGACUGACCUGGACACACUAAGACUGGGUUUGGAGAACGAUCUGCGUACUGAGAGGGAGCAGAGACAAGGACUGCAGAAAGCUCUGCAGAGGGAGCAGGACAACAGUAUUGAACUCCGCACACAGCUGCAACAACUGCAGGGCCUGCACACGGAGCUGGAGGAUCUGAAGCAGGAAAAGAAGCAGCUGCAGCAGAAGUGUGAGCAGCAGGAACAGGCAUUACAAGAGAUGGGACUACAUCUCAGCCAGUCUAAACUCAAGAUGGAGGACUUCAAGGAGGUCAAUAAAGCCCUAAAGGGCCACGCCUGGUUGAAAGAUGACGAGGCAACACAAUGCAAGCAGUGCCAGAAGGAGUUCUCCAUCGCACGCAGAAAGCACCAUUGUAGAAACUGCGGAGACAUUUACUGCAACAAUUGCUCCGGUAACGAGCUGGCCUUACCCUCCUAUCCUCGACCAGUGCGGGUUUGUGACAUGUGCCACUCCCUCCUGCUGCAGAGAAGCUCGUCCACCGUUUCCUGACACUUCUACAACGUUUCUACUAAAGCUUUCUAACACUGCACACGCUCAUCCCAUAUGAUUUUAACUUUAAAUAUAUCAUCAAAUCUUAGGGAAAUGUGAUUUGGUGUUGCAUUUCCAGUUACCUGAAAUUCAGGAACAUUAGCUAAUAUGCAUUAAACAAGGAGCUUGAUGGGAUGAGAUACUACAGUUAUAAUGCUGAAUUUAUGUUGUAGAGACUUGACUUUGAAAUGAUUUGAACUGUUUGUGAUCAAUAUUUUAUUGUGAAUAUGUGGAGCAGGGCUGGAAAAAACAUCAGUUUGGUACUCACAUACACUGACUAUUUAAGUGUUGUUUUUCUAAUUAAAAUGUUGGAUGUAGGUCAGUUGGUUUAACAGCUUUUGUUGAGGAUCAUUUGUGUUUAGGGAGAACAUGUACUUCAUUUUGAUAUUGUUCAACUUGUCAUGUACCUGCUCUGUAACAGACUACUGGGCCCUGCUGGAUUCAUGCAAAUUGUAUAAAAGAAUGUUAACAAAUCAAACUAUUUUAGAAUGUACUAUAACAAUGAGAUUUUGUGAAUUGCGUUAACUGCUACGAAGCUGUUUUCUUAAAUAAUUUGGGCAUGGUGACAAAGUUUUCUAUCUAGACAUUUGAUAAAUUAAUAAAACCUGUUUUGCAAA